AUGGAGCUUGGGAAAAGAGCUCUGUACUGGUCUGUGUACAUGUCCGAGGAGAUACUUGAUGAUUCUGAUGGAUACACCGUUGCUUCUGGAUGUCAGGGCUCUCGUACGGGUGUCCGUGGCCAGCAGAACCGAUGCAACAUCCUCGAAUUCCUUCUUCAUAUCAAGGACCAACCUUCUGUCAAACCGGAACUUCUAGGCGACGUGACCAUCGCAGACCGCAGUCGCAACUGGGCUCACGCGGUGGUUUUCAACGAUCAACUACGGAAGCCUGACUGGGGCGCACUCAACGAACUUGACGACAAACCGGUCGGUGAUCGGAUCAAGUGGCUGGUGGACUCAAUUAAAGAUGCACUUAUAAGGGCAAUCAAGGUCUUCCACACGGAACCUGAAGGGGAUGCUGACAAAGCGCGCUGGCUUGCGCGAAACCCCCCCGGCCAGCAGCCCAUCUACCCCAUUCCUGAGUUAAAUCCGCAUGGAAAGCUGAUAAAGAUCCAGACCAAGAGUCCGGCGGAUCUGCUUACAAAAACCGUCAAGCCCCAGGCCCUGGCGGGAGCAUUGCCGGGCGGUGUGGCAUGGGACAACAAUCAUAGUUAUGAACAGCUGAUCGACCGUAUGCCUGCCAUCCAGGCGAAACUGAACCAGAGGAUUGACAAUUUUGUCCCGAAAACCGCCGCUGAGGAGGCUCAAAAGAAGCUCCUGAUCUCAUGGAAGGAGACAGCAUCAGCAGCGAUGCACGCGAUUGUUCAGAUUCGGCAAGCCGACUUAGACAGAUGCCGGGUUGAACCAUGCCCCGGGUCAAAGCCACUCCAAGAGUUCAAAGACUUCUUUGAUGGGGAAAUCAUCAAAGUUAAGAAGCCUUAUCCAUAUGGCAGUGGCGUGUACGAAGUCAACGUGCUCAAUUACCCGGAUACCAUUGAGGCCGCGGUCAAGUCGGGCAAGUACGAGAACCAGGAGGACGCAAUCAAGGCACUCGAAGCAGCUAUCACGAAGUACAAUGCGCAGGAGUUCGUCAUUACAAGCAAAAACAAGCCAGACAAAAUCACUCAUCCAGUCUUGGGACAUGAAGCGGUUGUUAUACGAUGGAAGAACGGUGGCGCACAGUUGGGCUGCAAGUUCGACGACUAA